GUUAUCGGCAAUCGACCAUCGCUAUCGCCGCCCCGCUGCGACAAAAAAAAACCAACCGAAAGACGUGCUCGCUUAAAAAAACGCUUGGAAAACGGUCCGCUGACCUGUGAAAACGGAAAUGUGCAGCGCGUAACGCAAUCACCGUUAACCUGUGUGAAAUACCAUCAACUCGGGGUGAAAAGUCAUCGGAAAGCCGCGGAAAAUGCUCAUGCAAACGGCGUGUGGCCAGCAAAAUCGCUGCAGAGGCACCGCACACACACUCGGCCACCCACACAUACACACCUAGUAUACUCGAAAAUCAGUGCGAAGAAAACAGGAACUCUGUGCCAAAAUAAUACCAAUAUACACCGCCAGUAGCCCUUAGAACAUCUGAAUAAUCGGAUUACGUAUACGCAGUGGUAAACAAGUGGGCACCCAUAGCGAUAACCAUAAUGGCCAAAUACGAUCUGCUUUAUCUAACGGCGCAGCUAUUGCUGGCUUGCUGCCUAAUUGGGAUCCAAGGAUCCAUCCUGCCAAUCGGAAUAGAAUGUGAGCACUUUGACGAGAAGAUGUGCAACACAACCCAGGAAUGUGAAACACGGAUCGAGAAAUGCCAGGUGGAGCCGGACAAAUUUCCCAGUUGCUAUGUCCUCUGGUCGGUCAGCGAGACAACCGGCGUCCUGAGACUAAAGAUGAAGGGCUGCUUCGCGGACAUGCACGAGUGCAAUCAGACGGAGUGCGUGACCAGCGCGGAGCCACGGCAGGGAAACAUCCACUUCUGCUGCUGCAAGGGAUCGCGCUGCAACAACAACCAGAAGUAUAUUAAAAGCACGACGGAGGCAACCACACAAGUGCCCAAGGAGAAGACGCAGGACGGCAGCAAUUUGAUAUAUAUCUACAUCGGCACCUCCGUCUUUAGCGUGCUCAUGGUCAUCGUUGGCAUGGGCCUGCUUCUCUACCGACGCCGCAAGCAGGCGCAUUUUAACGAGAUACCCACGCACGAGGCUGAGAUCACCAACUCGUCGCCGUUGCUGAGCAACCGUCCCAUUCAACUGCUGGAACAGAAGGCCAGUGGCAGAUUCGGCGAUGUGUGGCAGGCCAAGCUUCACGGCCAGGAUGUGGCCGUAAAGAUCUUCCGCAUGCAGGAGAAGGAGUCGUGGACCACGGAGCACGAUAUCUACAAGUUGCCGCGCAUGCGCCACCCCAACAUCCUGGAGUUCCUGGGCGUCGAGAAGCACAUGGACAAGCCGGAGUACUGGCUGAUAUCCACUUACCAGCACAACGGAUCGCUGUGCGACUAUCUCAAGUCACACACUAUUACCUGGCCAGAGUUGUGUCGCAUUGCCGAGUCCAUGGCCAAUGGAUUGGCUCACUUGCACGAGGAGAUCCCGGGCUCAAAGACGGAUGGUCUGAAGCCCUCGAUUGCUCACCGAGACUUCAAGUCCAAGAAUGUGCUGCUCAAGAGCGAUUUGACGGCCUGUGUUGCUGACUUUGGGCUGGCCAUGAUCUUCCAGCCGGGCAAGUCCUGCGGCGACACACACGGCCAAGUGGGCACACGGCGUUACAUGGCCCCAGAAGUGCUCGAGGGUGCCAUUAAUUUCAACAGGGACGCCUUCUUGCGUAUAGACGUAUACGCCUGCGGCCUGGUACUUUGGGAGAUGGUGUCUAGGUGUGACUUUGCCGGACCCGUGGGCGAGUUUCAGCUGCCCUUCGAGGCGGAACUGGGCCAGAGGCCCACGCUAGACGAAGUUCAGGAGAGUGUGGUAAUGAAGAAGCUGCGUCCCCGCUUACUAAGCUCUUGGCGCGCACAUCCGGGUCUUAAUGUGUUUUGCGACACCAUGGAGGAGUGCUGGGAUCACGACGCCGAGGCUCGUCUCAGUUCGUCGUGCGUUAUGGAACGCUUUGCCCAGCUCAACAAAUAUCCCUCGGCUCAGAUGCUAAUCAAGAACCACACCAACAUUGACGACGCCAGGGAGUCGACCAACUGCUUAUAGAAGCGGUACUAAGCCACAGACCAGCCAUAGGUGCUGUGGCCUUAAAGUAAUUCAGUCGUAGCCCCUCAUAUAGCAGCGGAUAGUUUGACAAGCAAGCGCGGUCAUGUGACGUUUCUUAUGUAGCUUAAUAGUUUGUAGUACCAUCAUCAGCAGCUAAAGCUCAGAUUUUAGUAAGGUGGGUCGAUUUAUCAAGGGAAUAUAAAAUAAUUUCCUUUUUUCAAUCGAUUUUGAUUUUUUUUUCAUAAAUAUAAAUCGACCCGAACUGAACAAGGAGCAUUAGAUGUGGUGCUAUGUGCAUAGAUGUGUUAGCAGCUACUCAUCCGACAUUGACUUCAUUGACUGAUAACCAUACAUAGUUUUAUAAAAAUACCAUGCAUAUAACGUACAAUUUGUUUGCCCUCAGGCAGUAGUUUGUGUGCAAAUGUAAUCUGUUGAACAUUAUUGUCAAGCCUUUAUAACUCUAAUUUUAUUUGUGCGUUAUCGAAUGCCUCCAUAUAGUAAUAGUUAUACUUACUCGAU